AUGGUCUCUAGUACGGUGAAAGACGCUCUCUUUCGGUAUCGUACUGUAUUCUUGCUACAAGUGCACCUCUGUGCUCUGAACGUCUUCAUUGAGAGAACGUUGGCCAUCAGGUUCAUCUCCAAAUACGAAAAGGCACCUAUCUCUAUUGGAUUCUCGAUAUUGUUAUUCUGGGUACGUUACCUUUAAAAGUCAUUUACAUUACCUUUAAAAAGUUAGUUUGGUAUUCAAAAGUACAUUAAUAUAACCACAGUAUGGUAAUUUAAAUUUUAUUGUUUUUUAAAACAAAUAUGACUUCUGUUUACGAUAAUAGUACAACAAUUAUUACCUAAUUAACCAAAAUUAAUUUAAAUUUGAUUUUAGUGGUCGAUGACAAUAUUUAUGGUCUAUGGUCCUUGUAAGUCCAUUCCAUUUUUUCUUUAUAUCGUAUUUACUGCACUUAUAUACACCAAUGUAAACAUUUAUUUACUUUUAGCUAUAGUCAUAGUUGAAAGUAUCAGUUUCGUUGCUAAUGUAUCGGUAAGUACCAGAGUAAUAUGUAUAAGUUGAUUUGAAUAGCUGUAAAUUAUAAAUAAGCAAAUCUUGCGCACAGUUUCCGAGUAUAACAUUACCACGCCUAGUAUACUUUCAGAAUGUAUUAUACCAUAUAAACUUUUAUGUUACAGUAGCAUAUAUUAACAAAUAACGUAGAAUAACGUUUUUUAACUAUACUAUAAACCUUAAUAUCCUCCUUACCACAACAUACCCUUCAGACUAUCGUUUUGAUGCGACGCUGGCUACAUAACCAACGUGCUACUUCUGUCAACGCUACUACACUCACUACACGGUAUCAGAUAUCAGAGAACAUACGAACGCUGAUAAUGUGUCGCUACUGGGUGUACUUCUACACCGUGAUCGGGUUGAUUGAGAAAAUCCUACUAUUAAUCGCCUUCAUCUGCUUCCUUUUGGGCAUGAAAAAACCAUGGAGAACAUCCUCAAACCUAUACGACCUAGUAAACUCCUUCUACAUGAUGUUCUACACCAUGUUUCUGGUAUACGGUGACUCGGCGCUACAGGAAAAAUUGAUCAAACUGAUCGGAAGGAGAUUUGCGGCAGAAUUAGUAUGUAGUAAUAAGAACAACCGGGUGGUAAAUCAAGAUGACUUCGAAAGCUACUUCCAACGAUUGGCGGCAUCGUGGGAGACAUCAAAGAAGUAG